AUAAGCACGAACUAAAACUAUAUACCACACGCAGUAAAUUAAAAGGAAUUUCUUGAAGGUGUAUAGGAUUUAGUAGUAAGGAUAAAUUUUGGAAUUCUUUACGGGCCAAUAAAUCACUUAUUUGCCUAACUCAAUGUACAGAUUUUACACCCCCACUGAGGUACGGCAGCACGCCUUCAGUGAUGAUGCAUACGUUUCGCUUAAUGGAAAUGUUCUCGACCUCACACUCCUUAUCAAGACCUAUAAGGCUCGCCCCAAGUUUGAGCACCUGGUGAUCCCUCUUGUUCGUGCAGCUGGCUCUGACAUUUCCCAUUGGUGGGAUCCUACUGCGGAUGACCUGAAGACGUGUGUUAACGUAGUAAGUGGUAUGCGCACCUAUGCACAACCGGACGGACGCUUUCCACACGUACCCACGAUUUUUCCCGACAGUAAUAUAGACCUCGAGUAUGAUAUUCCGUGGUGGAAAGAUGCCCAGUAUAUUAUUGGCAAGCUCACCAAGAAGACGAGGCUAGUACGUAUCAUUAAUACCCUGACGCAUGACGAGAUCACCCUGGAGGUCUGUUGCGAGGAAACGCUGCAAAAUAUACUAGAGGAGAGGUACUUAACUUACAACGCGCAUGCCCGAAGCUAUACCUGGCGGCGGUUGGUACCGGAGCCGCACGACCUAGACAUGGAGUUAACCCUCGAUGAGAAUGGCAUCCUAGACGAAUCCGAGGGUUUUGAAAAACUAGGGCUCAAUGCGGACUAUUACAUUCCUGCCAUUCAUCUCUACUAUGAUGAUGAUUUAACCAUUGCAUGAGGAAUUAUAAAGGGAAAAUUUGUCCGAUUCGAUCCUUUUCCCUUCAAGCGAGGGAUGUGUAUAGUACGCUCCUUUCACAGUGUACUGAGCAGAGAAAAGGAAGUUAACGUUUUCUUUUCUUGAACCGUUUGCUUUGAUGUAAACAUAUAGCCAUUUGUAUAGCAACAUUUCUCAACCAAACAAGAGAAUGUGCAUUCAAAA